UGGUACUGUAUAAAUACCCAACUCAAGGCAGACUUGACAUUCAGCAUCUUUAUUCUGGACAUCGCUGCAGAACAAGUCACCGCGCCAUGUCUCAUCCAGUGACCAUGCAGCCCCAGGCAAUGCAGGCCUAUACUACCAGCCAAUGGAGCUCCGAUAUUAUGAACUGCUGUGAAGACAUGGGCAUCUGCCUUUGCGGAACAUUUAUCCCUUGCAUUUUGGCGUGCAGAGUAGCCUCAGACUUCGGGGAGUGCUGCUGUUUGCCGAUUUUACCAGGAACCUUACUGGCCUUGCGCACCGGCAUCAGAGAGCGAUACCACAUCCCGGGAACUAUCUGCAAUGAUUGGGUGAAGUUUGUAUUCUGUGGACCAUGCGCUACCUGUCAGAUGGCCCGCGAGCUGAAGGCCAGGAAUCGCUAGCAUGGUGGUGUCAUGGCGAGUGUCUAUGGAUUAUUUGCUCCUUUAAGAGAACCUGAAAUCCCAAUGAAGGGGGAGAGGUUACCAAAUGUGUCGCCACUGACCCCGCCUUCCCAACCAGCAUCUAACGGCACUACAGGAAGAAUUUUAAUUUUGUAUGGACGUUACAGUUACUAGUUACUAGUUAGAAUUGUGAAAGCGUUUACAACCACGUUGACAACUGGAUUUUAAUCUAUAUAUUUAUUUUCCCUUUUUGUCUUUUUAAAAAUGCAAGUCGUAACACUUUAGGCUGGCAUGUGCAGCUCUGUGGUAUAUUAGACCCCCCCCCCCCCUCGGUUUCUUAUAUUAAUCUGAGAUAACCGCUAAGGUUUUGCUUAGGGCUCCUUACUGGGCAUAGUGCAGUCGGGCAUCCCAAAACACACCUGCACUGUUUUUUGGCAAUGCAGCACAAGGCACAUAAGUUUCACCUUUGUGUGGUUCACCAUAGCGUAGGUCAGUGGCGGCCGGUGCUCAAAUUUUUUGGGAGGGGCGCAAAAAAAAAACAGUUUCAGCCACUGUGCCCAUCAAACGCAGCC